UGGGUGGGUAUUUACAUAUGUAAGAUUAUACACUACUUUUUGGUAGACAAUUAAUGUAGUUGAGAAUCAGAGGUGAGGAGUACUACUACUAGGAGAAGAGAGAAGAGAGAGAGGAAAGAGAGAGCGAUGGAGGAGAGGCUUGGAGGGCUGAGACACAUGCUGACGACGGUUUUCCUGUCAGGCUUCGCCGCGUUUUUGGUGAGACCGGUGAUGACUGACGUCACCGUCAAUGCGGUUUGCUCCGGCCUAAACGAUUCAUGUUCUCUCGCCGUCUACCUCACCGGACUACAACAAGUGACAGUAGGACUGGGGAAAAUGAUAAUGAUGCCGGUAAUUGGGAAUCUAGCCGACAGAUAUGGAAUCAAGACAUUGCUCACUCUUCCUAUGUGUCUCUCUAUUCUUCCUCCAGCGAUAUUAGGGUACAAAAGGGAUACAGAUUUUUUCUAUGCAUUUUAUAUAACAAAGACUCUAUUCGAUAUGGUCUCCCAAGGCACCGUUGACUGUCUCGCACAGGCUUACGUGGCAAAAAACACUCAUGGCAGUAAAAGAAUAUCAAUGUUUGGAGUUCUAGCAGGUGUUAGAUCACUUUCCGCAGUUUGUGCAACACUCGCAGCUCGUUUUCUACCUGUAUCUUCGAUUUUUCAGGUUUCAGCUGUAUCAUUAUUCGUUGGCAUGGUGUACAUGAGAGUUUUCUUAAAAGAGAGGCUACACAAUGAUGAUGACAACGACGACUAUAAUGAUGAUGGUGGUGAUCGAAGGAUGUUAGCAGAACCCAUUCUAAAAAAUGCACCAGUUAAAAGACAUGUCUUCAACAAUAAGUAUUCUUCUUUGAAAGAUAUGGUCAGCUUGAUGAAGAAUAGCACCACACUCGUUCAAGCAUUGGUAGUUACAUUCUUUGCUACCUUCUCACAAAGUGGAAUGGAGUCUGCUUUCAUGUACUACUUAAAAGCACGUUUUGGGUUCAAGAAAAAUGACUUUGCUCAGCUCUCGCUGUUGGUUUGGAUCAUUGGCUCCUUCUCCCAGCUGUUUAUAAUGCCGAUAUUGGUUUCUUCCAUUGGAGAACGUUGGGUGUUAUCAACAGGGCUUCUUAUGGAAUUUUUCAACGCAGCAAUUCUCAGUGUUUCAUGGGCAGCAUGGGUUCCUUAUGCUGCGACCGUGUUUAUACCCGGAGUCAUGUUCAUAAUGCCAUCUGUUUCUGGUAUUGCCUCAAGACAAGUUGGAUCCGCUGAACAGGGGAAGGUCCAGGGAAGCAUAUAUGGGGUAAAGUCAUUUGCAGAAGUCGUGGCUCCAUUUGUGUAUAGUCCAUUGACAGCGCUGUUUCUCUCCGACAAUGCACCGUUCUAUUUUCCUGGAUUCAGCCUUCUAUGCAUCGCAUUAUCCUUGAUGAUCGGAUUCCUUCAGAGUCUCAUGAUAAAAGAUGUUCCGUCUUCGUCUUCGUCGUUGACGAACAAAACAAUUAGCAGCACUUCAAACGAGGAAGCUUGACAAGUUAUAGCUCAUGAAGCUAAUGUAUAUAAAAACUAUGUCUAUGCUGUGAGAUCUUUAAGGGAAUAAACGGAUG